AGAUAUAUAAUAUGUUGCUGAGAUUAAUUUGUGGUAAUCCUAAAGCUACUUAAAAAUAAUUAAUCAGAUUGCUCUUAGGUAGAACCGUGACAAUCCCGUCAAAAACCAAUCUGAGCCUUCCCUCUCCUGGGGUAUUAGAUAUGGAUAAGAAUCAGAUCACUUGCUUAGGGCAGAGCAGAAGCAUCGAUGAGGAGCCAUAGUCACCAGUUCAGAGCCUGGCUGAUUCAGUGGUGAAUGAAGCCACGAUGGAAAGUAACAUCACCCCAGCUGACAUGGACCUAUGGACGGAAGUCCCAGAAGCACCCACGAUUUUCCCCCGGGUGGGCUAUAGCAUCAUCUCUUUCCUCAUGUUCAUCAAUACGCUUUUAUCGGUCUUCAACAAUUCACUGGUGAUAUCGGUCAUGCUGAAGAACCCGCACCUUCUCAAUGCUAUGAAUGUUAUCAUCCUGAGCUUGGCUGUGUCUGACCUUAUGAUUGCUUGCUGUGGCUCUGCUAUCGUGACACUCACCAACUACAAAGGCUAUUUCUUCUUGGGGGAUGAAUUUUGCAUAUUUCAAGGAUUUGCCGUGAAUUACUUUGGUCUUGUUUCCCUGUGCACGUUGACGCUGUUGGCAUAUGAGCGGUACAGAGUGGUGUGCAAGCCCAUGGCUGGCUUCAAGCUGAACAGGCGGCGCAGCUGCCAGGGUCUCCUGUUUGUCUGGCUCUUCUGCCUCUUCUGGGCCGUGGCACCGCUGUUGGGCUGGAGCUCGUAUGGCCCUGAGGGAGUGCAGACGUCAUGCUCGCUGGGCUGGGAGGAGAGGUCCUGGAGCAACUACAGCUACCUGAUCCUCUACACAAUACUGUGCUUCUUGUUGCCUACAGCCAUCAUCAUCUACUGCUACUCCAAAGUCCUCCUACACAUGAAAAAGCUGAACAGGAGCGUGGAGCUGCAGGGAGGCAGGCCGAGCCUGGAGGAGAAUGACCGCGCCAGCCAGAUGGUCUUCUCCAUGAUCAUUGCCUUCUUCAUCUGCUGGCUGCCUUACACAGCUCUGUCUGUUGUGGUGGUCACAGCUCCAGAUCUUGAAAUCCCACCACUGGUUGCUACCAUGCCCAUGUACUUUGCCAAAACCAGCCCUGUCUACAACCCCAUCAUCUAUAUUCUGUCAAACAAACAGUUCCGUGACUGUGCUUUGGAGUUUCUCUCCUGUGGCCGUUACAUCCCCCAUGGCACACAGACUGGCAGCCUCGUCAUGGCGGCGCUCCAGCGCAGCAGCCGAAUCACCAGCAUUCCGAGCAGGAUUCAGCCUGUCUGACCACAC